AUGCCUACAAGCCUCGCCAAGCGACUCGAACAAUUGAAAGAGCAAAAUUUACCAAAAAGAAUUCUACUGAAGAUAGCUCAAAGACGAAGAGACACCGAACUCCAAAAAGAAGCUGAAUUAAAAACCAAAGAAGAUAAAGGUAAACGCCGUCUGACCUAA